UUACAGGUUAUCAAUCGCUUCGAUGUUCGCCUGCAGCAGGUGGGCAACAUGCGGAGGUGAACAAGUCAUGUGCGCGACAUGAUGACUUUAUUUCAUAAGCACGGUAGAUAGUCUCUCUACUAUGCUCGGGCUGACACAUACGGAAGGGAAUGAAUGCUGAAGACAGAAAAGAAUAUGGAUUGUUUUUCAUGUUUUUAAAUCGGAUUUUUAAGCGGUGGAAAUUAGCUGAAUAACUUGGACGUCUCUGCUUAAAUAGCCUACUUUGAUAUCUAUUUUCUUUCUUGAUAUUGAUAUAUUCUGGAUGGUACGGUCAGAGACCGCUUUAAACUGGACAUUUAGAAAGAGUUUUAACUCGAACUUGUGAACUUCAUCUUAGAAUGGCUUUCGCAAAAUUUAGUAAAAUUCUACGCCUGUCUUCCCUCGACGUUAAAAAGAAAGUAAAGCAAUAUGAGCAUGUACGACGGGAUGUUAACCCAAACGACAUAUGGGAAAUUAUUGGAGAAUUGGGAGACGGGGCGUUUGGCAAAGUUUACAAGGCCAAAAAUAAAGAGACUGGGGCUCUGGCUGCUGCCAAAGUGAUUGAGACCAAAUGUGAUGAGGAGCUGGAGGACUACAUCGUGGAGAUCGACAUCUUAGCCUCGUGCGACCACCAGUACAUUGUCAAGCUGCUUGACGCCUUCUACCAUGACACCAAACUCUGGAUCAUGAUUGAGUUUUGUCCUGGGGGGGCUGUUGACGCCACCAUGUUGGAGCUGGACAGGGGUCUUCGGGAGCCUCAGAUUCAGGUGAUCUGCAGACAGAUGCUAGAGGCCCUGGUGUAUCUCCACAGCAAGAAGAUCAUCCACAGGGACCUGAAGGCCGGCAACGUCCUGCUCAUGUUGGAUGGGGAAAUCAAGCUAGCGGAUUUUGGCGUGUCGGCCAAAAACACCAAAACCCUGCAGAGGAGGGACUCCUUCAUUGGAACCCCAUACUGGAUGGCCCCAGAGGUGGUGAUGUGUGAGACGAUGAAGGACGCGCCGUACGACUACAAGGCGGACAUCUGGUCACUGGGCAUCACGCUCAUCGAGCUGGCCCAGAUCGAGCCGCCACAUCAUGAGCUCAACCCCAUGAGGGUGCUGCUCAAGAUCGCCAAGUCCGAGCCGCCCACACUCGAACAGCCCGCCAAGUGGUCGAAGGACUUUAAGGAUUUCCUGAAGAAAUCUCUGGAUAAGAAUCCUGAGACUCGCCCAAGUGCUUCUCAGCUCCUGGAGCACCCGUUCGUGAAGGGGAUGACCAGCAACAGGCCACUACGGGAGCUGGUGGCCGAGGCGAAGGCCGAAGUCAUGGAGGAAAUCGAGGACAAUAGAGAGGAAGGGGAGGACGACGAGCCUGCAGAACUCCCCACCCCCCCGGGCAAAGAUCCCUCCCAAACCAGCCAGACCAGUUUGGAGGCUGAUCACCCCCCGGAACAAGAGCCACCCAUCAAGGCGGAGGACGAGGAAGAGGAGGCCAAGGCCGCUCUGAAGGAGGCCAAGAAGGUCGACGACCGUCUCCCGGACGACGGCGAAGGGGAGCGCAUCAUCGGUGGUGUGGAAGUCCCCGAGAAGCCGGCGAGCGAGACGUCCGUGAAAACGUCCAGCUCCGACUCGGGCAUCGAGGACGGCAAGAGCACGCCCACAUCAGAGGAGGGCAAGACCGCGGACUCGCCCGAGCCAGAGCAGGAGGCGCCACCGAGUGCCUGGCCUCCAGUGCCCACCGUGGUGGUGAAGAGCGCCUGGGAUGAGCCGGUCAGCGAGAACGGCGCUUCAGACGAGCCGUUGUCCCCCUCCGACGGGGGGCCCCCGGUGCUCACACCGCACAAGCGCAACGGCAGCACGGGGAAGGAGAUCACCGAGGAGACGUCCUUCGCCGACGGGACAUCCAUCGCGGAGGAUGCCGUGAGCCUGGCGCCGCACUCCAACGGCCGGCUGUCCAAGCGCUACUCGGACGCCAGCAGUGGGGAACUGAGCCUCAACCUCUCUGGGGACAUGGGCUCCAUCAGCAAGGACAUGGGCUCCAUCUCAGCCAGGGAAUCCCGAUUUAACAGCAAGACGCUGAAGCGCACCCGGAAGUUUGUCAUCGACGGGGUGGAGGUCAGCGUGACCACGUCCAAGAUCAUCGGCGACGACGAGAAGAAGGACGAAGAGAUGCGCUUUCUCAGGCGUCAGGAGCUGCGUGACCUGCGUCUCCUGCAGAAAGAGGAGCACCGUGCCCAGGCACAGCUCAACGGCAAGCUGGAGGUGCAGAGGGAGCAGAUGCAGAGACGCUUCGACCAGGAGAUGCACGCGAAGAAGAAGUACUAUGACACAGAGCUGGAGAACCUAGAGAAGCACCAGAAGCAGACCAUUGAGAAGAUGGAGGCUGACCACGCCAUCCGUCUCCGCGAUGAGACCAAGCGUAUGCGCUCUGAGCAGGAGCGGGCCCUCCACAAGUUCCAGGACCAGAUGAAGCAGAGGAAGAAGGAGGUGAAAACUGAAGUUGAGAAAUUGCCCAGGAACCAACGGAAAGAGAGCCUGAAACAGCGGAUGAGCGUGUACCAUCAGAACAAGGAAACGGAGGAGGAGAAGUUCCUAGCUGCCCAGAAGACCGAGCUGGACACGACGCUGAAGAGGAUCAUCGCUGAGAACAAGAAGGAGAUCGCAGACACAGAGCGCGAGUGCCUGCAGAAGAAACAGCACCUGGUGCGAGAGCGUGAGGCUACGAUCUGGGACCUGGAGGAGAAGAACCUGCAUGAGAAGCACCAGCUGUUGAAGCAGCAGCUCAAAGACCAGUACUUCCUACAGAGACACCAGCUCCUCAAGAAGCAUGAGAAGGAGCAGGAGCAGAUGCAGUGUUAUAACCAGCGGAUGAUGGAGCUGCUGAGGGGCCGGCAGCAGCAGGAGAAGGCCCGCCUGCCCAAGAUCCAGCGCAGCGAGGGCAAGACCCGCAUGGCCAUGUUCAAGAAGAGCCUGCGCAUCAACUCCUCUGGCAGCUCUUCAGAGGACCGCGAGAAGAUCAAACAGUUUGCGCGUCAGGAGGAGAAGCGCCAGAAGGCCGAGCGGCUCCACCAGCAGCACAAGCAUGAGAACCAGACGAGGGAGAUGCUGGGCCAGUGUGAGAGCAACGUCAGGGAGCUGCAGCAGCUACAGAAUGAGAAGUGCCACCUGCUGAUUGAGAAUGAGUCGCAGAGGCUGAAGUCCCUGGAUGAGCAGCACAACAAUCAACUCAAGGAAUGGAGAGAGCUUCUCAAACCCAGGAAGAAGACCCUGGAGGAGGAGCUCAACCAGAAGAAGCGUGAGCAGGAGAUCUUCUUCAAGAUGAGCGAAGACGUGGAGUACACCAAUCCCAGCUCGCCCAACAAACUCACCAAGUUCCUCCCGUACUCCGAGUCCUCCACCACGUAAGAGACACACACGCCUCCGUGUGUGUGUGUGUGUGUGUGUGUGUAUGUGUGUGUGUGUGUGGAGACUCCAGACCCCAGCGGAUACACCCCAAGCUCAGCUGAGGUGUUUCCUCUCGCCUGUCGAUCAAACGCUGCUCUUCCUUCCCCAAUCUUUCUUCCCAUAUUCAUAGAAGCUCUUUUCUUCAGUCCUCUCCGGACCAGCACAACCACAGACGAGGUUGCAUUGGUAGUCCAGUUGGGUUAUGAGGUUGUUGGUUUUUUUGUCUACUGGUGUCUACUGAAUGCCUUUUCCUCUUUUAAAGCAGUAUUUAUAUUGGUAAACCUCCUGAAGGUUUUUUGUUUUUUUGUUUUAAUUUAUUGUUUCCCUUCUCCUCACAUCUUAGAUUAAGUGCACGCUGAAGUUGAUGUAGAGCUCAGAUACCAUCUCUCUCUCUCUCGCUCUCUCUCUGGAGCUGAAGGUAGCUAAGGCCAGUAGGCUGGUGCUGUGUGGUGCGGUGUAAACUCACUAUCUGAGUAAUGGAACCCCACACACUAUCCUGACAAUCCUCAGAACUGGCCGCCUGUUCCUGCAGCGGUACACAAGAGGUCACAAGCAUAGUGGCCCUUAGCCUUGUUUUCAGCAGCCCACAUCCAACACCAAUGGUCCCAGGGCAAACAGGAUUACUAGAAAGCCUCCACAGUUUUUUUUUCAGCCCCGUCACGACAAAGAUGGGGGCUCGUCUAUAGUCUUGCGCCUCCAAUAGUUGUUUACAGAAAAAAAUGGAGGGCCUCCAGCUCCUUGUACCUCUAAAUGGCUGCUUACACCGUAGUACAGAGAAGUAAAGGGGUCGUUUUGAACCAGCUCUCUUGUUGAGUGAGUGCACUGCAGAGUGGGGCGCUGGUGAGUGUGUUCAGGGAGGUUGAUUGAGACAGCAUAUCCUUCAUCCCUCUCUCUGACCUAGCAGUCAUGACUUUAUAGUUCUAUCCCUGCAACUUCCUUAACAACAUUACAUGUGUGGGUUUAACAUUUUUCAUGUUUUUUUUUUUUUCAUUAACAUGGCAAGCAAAGUCAGAGAGAUAGAAAGAUACAAAUUAUAGAGAUUAGAGUUGAUCUAAGUUCAUUACACACAAAGAGUAAACAUUCCUGUGACCGCAUCAACAGUGUCUUAAUUAUGAAGUGCCUUAGUCUUAGCAAUAUAUUGCUCAAAAUGCAGCUAUGCCUGCAUUUAUAGUGCAAGUGUAUUUUCUCCUGCCAAAUAUUUUAAUAUAUAAAAAUUUAAAAACAUUUUUUUUUUUUAAUUUUGCAGAGCUGGAGUUUGAAAGUCCUUUCACUUCCUCACUUUAAAAAAUAUUAUUAUUAUUAUUUUUUUAUCCAGUUUCAGCACUGUAAGUAUUUUAGACCCAGAAACUGAUUUGAUUUAGUUUUGCGGAUUUGUUUUACACAUUUAUUUGUGGCAAGGAUCAUUCAGCCAAGUAGAUACUGGAAUUAUUUUCUGUCUGAAGUCUGCCUUUUUUUUUUUUUUUUUGGUUGAAAUAGGCCGUCCAGCUUACAAGUCAAAUUGUGAUUUUAUUUUAUUGAGAUGUUUAUUUCAUUUUGAUUAUAGAGCUUAUUUAAUCAUCUUCCCAUGUUAAUGUAGGGUGUGAGCAAAGAUGACAUACUAAUAAUUGUCCUUUUUCCUCACUAAAAUGUGAAUAAAUGUGUGCCUGGGUGUGGGCAAUACUGUACUGAACUAGAACACACUGGAUAGGGGCAGGACACCAUAGGUGCUGCCCUUGCCUGUGAAAACCAAAGCAAAAUACUGUCAUCAUCUUGAAGGAGUUUUCUUUUUUAAAUAUAUAAUAUGCCAUUCAUUUGUUUGUAAUAUUAAUCAUAAUUGUAUUUACUAUGGAUUUAAUAUUGAUAAUUUGUUGAUGCUACAGUAUAUGCACUCUCUACUAACCAAAGUGCAAUAAGUUGUCUCCUUACUUUCUUAGGUUUUCAUUCUGAGCUUUAUUCUAAAGUGUAUACAAAUUCAAUUGAGUGGCGACACCCUAGCAGUUUAUUUUUAUUUAUCCAAAUAAGCAAAUGAGCUCCAGGACUGGAUCAGUAACCAGUCUUUUUGGGCCUCUAAGUACUUGCAAUAAUUUAACCUUUUGACAUCUUGGAAGUUGUUCUGUUGUCAUAUGCCAUAAAGGCACAUUUGCAUACUUUUGUCUCCAAUACGUUAUGUGGAUGUAUUUGUUGAGGGUGAGAGAAUAUAAUAUGUGUCAUUGUAUGUAUAUUUCUAAUGAAUAAAACCACUGUCAUGGAAGUUUAAUAAAUGCAAAUUUUCUAUAA